UAUUUUCUUUUCAAUUUUCAAUUUCAAAUUCCAAUUUCAUUUCACAGACACAAACAAGAAUUUUGCUUGCAGAGGGUUUUGAACGAUGACUUCCUCCGAUCUCCCGCCGUCGGAGAAUUUCAAGAAUCUUCCUAUCAUGUCACUCCGGAGCAAAAUCGUAGAGAAAAUAAUGGAGAAUCGCGUCACUCUGAUCGUCGGUGAAACUGGAUGCGGGAAGAGCUCACAAGUUCCUCAAUUUUUACUUGAAGAAAAUAUUGAGCCUGUAAUAUGUACACAACCACGGAGAUUUGCUGUGGUGGCAGUUGCUAAAAUGGUGGCUAAAGCUCGAAACUGUGUAAUAGGGGGUGAGGUUGGGUAUCACAUUGGUCACUCCAAGGUUAUGUCUUCCAGCUCUAAAAUCAUCUUCAAAACUGCUGGCGUUUUGUUGGAGGAAAUGCGAGAAAAAGGAAUGAAUGCUUUAAAGUAUAAAGUUAUUAUUCUCGAUGAAGUGCAUGAAAGAUCUGUUGAGUCGGAUCUUGUUCUCGCAUGCGUCAAGCAGUUUCUAAUUAAAAAUAGCGGGUUAAGGGUUGUAUUGAUGUCUGCUACUGCUGAUAUUACAAGAUACAAGGAAUAUUUUAGAGAUAUUGAUCGCGAUGAAAGGGUUGAAGUUUUAGGAAUUCCCAGCUCCAGUCAGCAUACCUUGUACCAGAGAAGAGUGUUGUAUCUUGAGCAGGUGGUAGAAGAUCUAGAAAUGAGUUCAGAAUCCCUAUCUUUGAAAUAUUGUGCUGGACCAAGCCCAGAUUUAUCUGAAGCAACUAUGAAUGAGGAAGUGCACCAGCUUAUACACAAUCUGGUAUUACAUAUUCACAAGAAUGAACCAGACAUGGAAAAGAGCAUAUUAAUAUUCCUUCCAACUUAUCAUGCAUUGGAGCAACAAUGGCACGCUAUGAGUCGCUAUAGAAGUGCUUUUAAAGUUCAUAUUCUACAUAGUAGCAUUGAUACCGAGCAAGCUCUCAGUGCUAUGAGAAUCUUGAAGUCUCAUAGGAAGGUGAUAUUGGCAACAAACAUUGCAGAAUCUUCGGUGACAAUACCAAAAGUUGCCUAUGUGAUUGAUUCAUGCAGAUCUCUACAAGUCUAUUGGGAUGCAAACAGAAAAACUGAAUCAUCAGAGAUCGUCUGGGUAUCAGAAUCUCAGGCUGAGCAACGGCGGGGAAGAACAGGCCGCACUUGCGAUGGUGAAGUAUACCGACUUGUUACCGAACCAUUUUUUGGCCAAUUAGAGAAAUACGAAGCUCCAUCGAUAUUAAAGUUAUCAUUGAGGCAGCAGGUGCUUCUUACAACUUGUGCUGAAUCAAGAGCUAUCAAUGAUCCAAAAGUCUUGUUGCAGAAAGUUAUGGACCCACCAAAACCUGAAGUAGUGGAGGAUGCGCUAGAAUUGCUGGUUCAUAUUCAUGCCUUAGAGAAAACACCUCCAAGAGGCCGUUAUGAGCCAACUUUUUAUGGAAGAUUGCUUUCCAGCUUUUCUUUAUCCUUUGAUGCUUCGAUGCUAAUUCUAAAGUUUGGUGAAGCUGGAAUGUUACGUGAAGGCAUUAUAAUUGGUAUCCUAACGGAUACCCAGCCAUUACCAAUCAUCCGCCCCUUUGGACAAGAAGCACUGUUUUCUGAGUUCACUGAUGGCUACUAUAGUCAACAUGGUAAGCUCACUGGGUUAAUGGGUAGGAAGGAAGUGAUAUUCAUGGCAAACUUUUGUGCCUUUCAGUUCUGGCAACGUACUUUUCAGGCUAAUCUUCGGCUUGAGCGGUUAAAGCACCUUUUGAAGUUUGAUGCGAAAGCAGACACUCAAAUUACAUCUCUGAAGAUCGAAGAAGAGUGGUGCUUGUUCCACAAUCUUGUCCAGUCAUCACUCCAUCAUAUUGCCAGCAUAUAUGACAGUGUUCUUAAUAAUGUGCAUCGGUACCGCCCCAAUUUUUUAGCAACCUCAAAUGGUCUACCAUCUUACUACGAGCCCUAUGAGUUUCAGCACACCUGUCUUCUUACAGUUGACCACAAUGAUGAUUCUGAACCUCCCGCCACAGAUGACAACCUCAGCAAUCCUUUAUAUGAAACAAAGAAAUGUGUAGCUUUACCUUAUGUGGAUGCAAAUGGGUUUAAUAAAAACGAGGUGGCUUUUAGAUUGGCUGAUUCAAUAAAAGAGAUAAGGGUUUGUUAUCAUGGGGAGUCAUCUGGCAACCAGCAAACUCAGGAUCCCGUUUCUAAUAAUGGUCUAGAAGCUUGUAGAUAUUUUGCCAGUGGGACAUGCAAUAAGGGAAGCGAAUGUUCAUUUUCUCAUUCAUUGGAAGCUAAAAGACCUGUUUGUAAAUUCUUUCUAUCCAUACAGGGUUGCAGAAAUGGAAAUUCGUGUUUUUUCUCUCACAGUUCAGACCAGCUGUCUUUACCAAACAGUGAACACCAAUCAUGUGCAGCAGAAGAUGUAUCUACUGACGCGUCUUUGCUUUUAAGUUUAUUUCCUAAUCCAGAUGAUGGAUGUCUUCUUUUAUUCGACGAUUUUGAUAUUCAGUUCUCAUCAAAUUUUGCUCACUUUUACAACCCGUCUUCUAUAGUCUGCACUACCUCUGCAGUUAAAUCUUCAAACGACCCGUUUUUGCAAGAUUUAAGAAUAGUUUGGGGACUUUCUCACCCACACGGGACUAUCAUUUCCAAAGCUGCUAAUAACUCAAUCCCGUGGGUAGAAGUCAAAUGUGCUGUAUGGAUUCCUAAGUUUGGUAACGAUGUAGAGAACUGGGAAGAACAAAAAGGUCUUAUCAAAAAGUUUUUUGAGUAUCUUGCUAUACGUAUGUUGGGUGAUGCUUUGUAUGAAGUUCAAGUCAUUCUUGUUUUGAACAACCUCAGAUUCGCUCAACUGCAGGUUGAAAGCAUGGGGAGAGAGAAUUUCUUCUACCUUAGGGAAUCAUUUGCAUUUGAUGAAUACAGCUUUGGGAAGCUGUACGAUGGUGUUGCUACCAAAAAGCCAAUGUUGGCAUCAAAGGCGAUUGUGUAUGUGUUCGAUUUGCAUCCUCCAACUGACAUCCAGUUUGGUGACUAUACUUCACUUCUUCACAACCAGCUGCAUAACAUAACAUAGUCAUUCCAACUUAUUAUCUUCUAGGUGUAGAUAUAUAUUUUGAAACUUCUGAAGAUUUGAGAAUACUUGGUUAGAGAUGUGUUUUAUCUCUUUAAUUAUAUAAAAUAUUUUGAUGGUUGAAAACUCAAAACUGUCGAAUAGUAAACAUUCUGGACAGUGUUCGUUUGACCGCA